AUGCUCUCGACGCCCUUCAAUCCAGUCGAGUUGCCCAGCUAUCGACCAGGAACUACGGAAAUUGAAGAAGUAUCCCAACUUCUCUAUGCGAUAGUUCAGUGUCCUGAAAUCGCGAGCCUAGUCAGGGUGCUGCAGUUGGGCGCAUGGCAGACAGUAUUGACCCGUGAAUACGGUGAUCAUCCUGAUGAGUUUCAUUUUGACCAUGAUCUUGUGGAGAAACUCGUCCGCGAAGCAACAAGUGACAAAGAGCGGCAAGAAAAAUGGAUCAAGGACCUUGAGCAAGGAGUCACGGACCCGUGGUUAGCCCUGCUCAUUCCGAGGUUGACCUACCUGCGGAAGAUCAGCUUUGUUUGGGCAUAUGGUGCCGACUAUGUCUCUACGAUGCUGGUUGAGGCCGCCGAAGCGGAGAAUUCUGUCUUUCCAUACCUUGAAGAGGUAUGGGCAGCGCACUGUGAUACGGAGGGUGGAACAGAAGCGGAGGUGAUGCUACCGUUUUUCAGAUUCCCUGCCAUGCGAAAGCUUGGCGGCUUCAUGCUCCACACUUGGCUAGGGGCGGAGGAACCCAGUGACCGUAUUCUACUGAAAGGACUUGAGAUGGGCUCUUCAAAUAUCACCGAUAUUGAUUUGAAGAACACUUGUGCACCAAAUGGAUUGCAGAAUUGGAUCCGAACCUGCAAGAUGCUGGAGACUUUCCGACUCAGCGAUGGCGGAGUUAAUGUGGCAGAGAAUGUGACUAACUGGGGAAAGAUUUACCGCGAUCUCUGCCAUCACAAAACGACAUUACAGGCGAUUUCGUUGAGCGAUGAUCCAGACACUUUGGAGGAAGAACAAGACCGAGAAGUCUUCAUGGGAUCAUUUGCAGACUUCACAAGCUUGAGAAUUCUACGAGUCCCCUGCACAGGGCUGGCGCAACUGGAUGAUCAAGAAAGGCCUAUGGGGCGCUUAGUCGAAUUACUCCCAUCCUCCUUGGAGAUUCUGUGUAUCUGCGACGCGCACAGGCCAUCGCUCGAGUGGACGGUCGACCAGUGUGAGUGUCUGGUGAAUUCAGACGCCUUCCCGAAUCUCGAAAGCAUCUGCAUUGAAAGCAAUGCUAUGACUGUGCCCAAUGACAUUUGCAAGAUAGAGGCGCUGCAGCGUCGAUGUGAAAAGAAAGACAUUUCAUUCCGAGUAUUCGAACCCGAGUCCAGGAAAGCCAUCGAAUAUUGGGGCCGGGUUUGGCCGUUUGAUCAUGAUUUUGAUCUAUGGUAA